UUUCCUGCUCGCUUCCCUGACACCACGUGACUGCUUGAAGUGGGACCGUAAAGAUGGUUGCCGCUGUAAUCGAGGCAAAUCUGAACGGUUUCGGUGGUUUCUCGUUUUUACGUCCAAUGUUUCCCUUUAAAAACAUCCGUGAAUUAACAUGUUUGUUUGUUACGCUUUGUGUUUUGACGAGCCAUUCGUUGGCGGACGAACAGGAGUUUAUUGAAGACUUUCUGAAACGGGAAUAUUCUCUGGUUAAACCGUAUCGUGGGUUGGGUUUCUCCAGUUCCUCCCAGUGGGAUCUGAUGGGCACUGCCAUGGUUACGCCUGACCACGUGAGGCUGACCCCAGACCUGCAGAGCCGGCAGGGGGCAGUGUGGAGUCGAGUUCCUCUCACCGUGCGGGACUGGGAGCUAAAGGUGCACUUUAAAAUCCACGGCCAGGGAAAGAAGAACCUGAACGGGGACGGCAUGGCUAUCUGGUUAACCAGAGACCGCAUGCAGGACGGCGCCGUGUUCGGCAGCAUGAACCAGUUCACCGGACUCGGCGUAUUCGUGGACACGUACCCCAACGCCGAAAAGAACCUCGACAAGACCCAGCCUGGAACUCAGGUAGCAUCUGAAACAUCAGUUUGUCCCACAAGUGGGAAACGUUCCUCUCAUUACCUCCAUCGCUUCCCCGUCUCACCACGUGACGCCUCAUCGCGUGCAUGCGCUUCGUGUUCUUGUGGCGCGUCUGUACUGUUGCUGCUGCCGCGCCCCCCCCUCACCUCCCCCCGUCUCCCGUCACAGAGAACGUUCCCGUACGUGUCGGUGAUGCUGGGGAAUGGGACUCUGUCUUACGACCACGACUACCACGGGCGGCCCACCGAGCUCGGGGGAUGCACGGCCACGGCACGCAACGCCCUCCACGACACCUUUCUCCUCCUCAGAUACUCCAAAAGCCGACUCACGCUCGCGGUGGACGUAGACGGGAAGCAGGAAUGGGUCGACUGCGCCGACAUCACAGGACUCAAGCUCCCUUCAGGCUUCUUCUUCGGAGCCUCCUCGGCGACCGGAGACCUGUCGGAUAACCACGACCUCAUCUCUAUGAAGCUGUUCCAGCUGACAGUAGAGAGGACUCCCGAGGAGGAGGAUGAAGAAGAGGAGGUCACCGUACCCCGAGUUGACAACAUGGAGCAGUUCCGAGUGGACGUCCAGGAGGAAGGGAUGAGCGGCGUGCAGCUGGUCGUCACCCUCCUCUUCUCCGCCAUGGGCCUGGGCGUCCUCGCCGUGGUCGGCGUCAGCGUUUACGGCCGUUGGAAGGAGAACCGGCGCAAGCGCUUCUACUGACGAGAGAGAGAGAGAGAGAGAGAGAGAGAGAGGCCGCUUCUACGUACAUUGUUUUUAUUUUAGUCUUUUACGAUGUUUUUCUUAAUCAGCAUCCAUCACAGCAAUUGCAAAGACUGCCGUAGCAUCACUGAGCCCAACAAUCCAACGCACGACCUCGCGGGUCGGAAGCCCGAAGCCACGAGAACACAACCAGUUGUGUGUGUGUGUGUGUGUGUGUGCCUGUGUGCCUGUGCGUGUGUCUUUGCGUGCGUGCGUGCGUGCGUGCGUGUGUGUCUUUGCAUGUGUCUGCAAGAGGUAGAUGAGACAAAGCUGCUCUAAUGUGAUUUAUUUUGUUCGCGCUCAUCGUCUGAAAGCACAAAGAUCCGCCCUAACGGACCGAGACAGAACCAGAGUGGACUCCCAGGUCCGAGCUCCUCCUCCGCGUCCGGUCGCGCCACAAAGAGGAAGUGGUUUGGUUUGUUUACUCUCUGGAGUCUCCGCUGUGAUAAGUUAAAGCAGCAUUUUUUGUUUUUGUUGUACUGAACUUGAUGGGGAAACACCUCGCUCCUUUGUGGUCAUGUGACCUUUUAGCUCUGUCGACCAUCAGCAGCAUGUAGCCGUGCAGAAGAACGGGACGUCACGUCAACGCAACACUGAUGCAACCGGCACCAGCAGGCAGCGCCGGAUGCAUCCAUUGUUAGACGGACUCGGGUCAUCGGCUAGGUGGGCGUCGCCCAAACGGCGCUCCACUGACCUCCAUAAAGGCCGUGCACACAGGUGGAAUAUCCGUGUGAGUGUAAACUACUGGGGAGGUUUUCUGUACCAAGUCAAACCGCUUUCUUCUCUCUACUGUGUCGAGCGCUUUGAUGGAGUCCAUGAUCCUCCCAUCUGUCAUGUAGUUCAUUAUUUAAUGUAGAGCCAAUUUAACAAUUCUGAUCAAAACCACUUUCCUGAAAAAAAUGUGAGUAAAGAGCUUAUGUUCUGAUCAA